CAGUGUGAGAGUGGUGGCGCUUAGUGGUGGAUGUGCGUGAGUGGUGCGGGACUCCCUGCAUUCUUGCAACUUUAACUUUCGACUACUGAUUUAUUUACCUGCAUUUUUUUUUAUAUUUUUUGUUUCAUCAGCGAUUUGCACUAAAUGAAGAUAAGUUACAGUUAUGGUAAAUAACUCAAAAGUAAGGUGUUUGCUAUAAACAAACGAGUGUUCAAAGUGACAUCCACUCCAAGAAAUUCUUAGGACUCUUUUCAACACAUCGGCAAGGGGGUGACACUCACACAACAUCAGCCAUGGGUUGUGCGAUGAGCAAUGUUGAGAAAGAAGCAGCAGAAAGAAGCAAAAAAAUAGACAAAGAUCUACGUCUUGCAGGAGAGCAAGCUGCCAAAGAAGUUAAGCUUUUAUUACUUGGGGCAGGGGAAUCUGGCAAGAGCACCAUUGUCAAACAGAUGAAGAUCAUUCAUGAGACAGGCUACUCUCGUGAAGAAUGUGAACAAUAUCGUCCUGUUGUUUAUUCCAACACUAUCCAGUCCCUUAUGGCCAUCAUCAGAGCAAUGGGCCAACUCAAAAUAGAUUUCAAGGAUUCCAGUAGAGCAGAUGAUGCACGACAUUUCUUCACAUUAGCAAGUGCAGCUGAUGAGGGCGAGUUGACGCCUGAAUUAGCAAAUAUCAUGAAACGUUUGUGGAAUGAAAGUGGUGUCCAGCACUGUUUUAGUCGGUCUCGUGAAUACCAGCUGAAUGAUUCUGCAGCUUAUUACCUAAAUGCCUUGGAUCGCAUUGCUCGGCCAGGAUAUAUUCCCACACAGCAGGAUGUUCUCCGCACCAGAGUAAAAACUACGGGCAUCGUUGAAACCAAUUUUGCUUUCAAAGGUUUAAAUUUCAAAUUGUUUGAUGUUGGUGGUCAAAGAUCAGAGAGGAAAAAGUGGAUCCAUUGCUUUGAAGGAGUGACUGCCAUCAUCUUUGUUGUUGCCUUAUCAGGUUAUGACUUGGUCCUAGCAGAAGAUGAGGAGAUGAACAGGAUGAUUGAGAGCAUGAAGCUCUUUGACUCCAUUUGCAACAACAAGUGGUUUGUUGAGACAUCUAUCAUUCUUUUCCUUAACAAGAAGGAUUUGUUUGAAGAGAAGAUCACAAAGUCACCUUUAACAAUCUGUUUCCCAGAAUAUCAAGGCAACAAUACUUAUGAAGAAUCAGCGAAUUAUAUUAGAAUGAAAUUUGAAAAUCUCAACAAACGAAAGGAUCAAAAAGAAAUAUACACCCACUUCACAUGUGCCACAGACACCAACAAUAUCCAGUUUGUAUUUGAUGCUGUGACUGAUGUCAUCAUUAAGAACAACCUCAAGGAUUGUGGGCUGUUUUAAUAUAAACUCAUGCUCAACUGCUUGAGGGUCUGUUGGAAGUCAAUCCCUCUGCCUCUCAAAACAUCAAUUUAUAUAAAAGGGAAAUUCUAAUUUGUCUUUUUACCAAAUAUCAACAUUCCUGUGUGGAAAAGUUUAUAAGUACUGGCAUGCUAUAGCCACAUGUUAAGAGACAGACAUGUGUGAAUGUAACCCAUAGGAAAUUCAA